UAUGUAGGCAGCCAUGUGUUAUUCAUUUUAAACUAUCGUAAUAUAUUUGGACGGCGAAACUUAAAAGCUAGCGAAUCAAAUGUGACCAACAUGCUAAUGUUUACGAGUGUCGUGAAAAUAGGUAACGUUAGCUAACGUUAAUUGAUGGUUGCGAUAAUCCUUAUCCCACCGCAAACUAAUCCUUCAGAUUAGUACACAGCCAGUGCCUUGCUGUGAAUGUUCGACGGGUUGCUAGCGAACGCUACAGAUAGCUUGUUGACAUCAGAAUGGACACAAAAUACAAACUGAGUCUCACCUGUUUGAUUGUUCUAUUAUCACUGAUAAUGGGGAUAAUAUCUUCUGCACAUGCCUUGAAAUGUUUAAGGAUGGGAAACUUCACAUCCUUCAGCUCAAGUGGUCUGUCAAGCACAACAGCAUGUGGUCAGUUUCUACAGGAGGUGGUGUCUCAUAACUGCAUUGUCAUAUUUUCCAAGACCACUUGUCCAUAUUGCAAAAUGGCAAAAAAUGUAUUCAAUGAAAUUGGUGCUACAUACAAGGUGAUAGAGCUGGAUGAACACAAUGAUGGAAGACGACUACAAGAGGCCUUGGCGCAGAUGACCGGUGCCAGAACAGUUCCGAGGGUCUUCAUCAAUGGAAACUGCAUUGGAGGAGGCUCUGACACAAAGGAACUACACCAGAAGGGAAAGCUGCUGCCUCUGAUAGAACAAUGUGCCCCGUGCUGCGUGAAAAUUAACACUGAAGGCUCGGGCAGCGGACAGUUCGAGUCCACCAAAUGACUAACCGUUCUAAUUCUCACUGUAAUUUAUCCUGUGUUUAUUUAAUGUUUCCUCGACUUUGUGUGAUACAUUAUAUAUAUGGGUUCUCUGUGGUUUAUUUAUCAAGAUGCACACUUGUUAUCGUCACCCUUCGUCUACAUUCAGAGUAUUUUAAUGAAUCAAAUCAGCUGAUAUCUCAAAGUGCUGUACGCAAAGUGUUAAAACCAGCCUAAAACCCCAAACAGCAAGCAAUGCAGGUGUAGAAGCACAGUGGCUAGGAAAA